AGUAGGCUACGUAACGCACGAGCUUAUUUCACCGUCAGCGAUCACUUGGCGUCAUCAUACGCACGAGCGCUGUCCGUUUGAAUCAGUGGGUUUACAGACGCGUAACGUUAUCCCUUCAUACAGUUAUAAGUCGAACGAUUUGCAUUUUUCAAACGUAUUUAACCAAACGCUUAUCUGAAUUUGGAUUUAACCCACUGAACCUUUAUAUGGACCACGCGCUUUGCAGCAUUUUAUCCUACUGUAUUUUGCCCAUAUAUAUAUAGAUUUCAGAUUAAGACGAAAUGGCAACGGACGAGCUGUCAUCGAAGCUGAACCGUCGGCUGCAGAUCGAGGAUGGCGACCACGACGCGGUGGCUUUGGACUGUUCUCAUGAGAAUGGAGCUCACGAGAAACCGGCUACGGCCAGCGCGGAUUCAGAGCUGGGAGCCAAACUGCAGCGGCGCGGGGAGCUGAACGAGGGCGUCGGUGGACAUCAGCAGCCCAGCAUGAAGGUCUUCAACCCCUACACAGAGUUCAAGGAGUUCUCGAGGAAGCAGAUCAAAGACAUGGAGAAGAUGUUCAAAGAGUAUGAUUCAGAGAGGGAUAACUUCAUCGAUCUGAUGGAGCUGAAGCUGAUGAUGGAGAAACUCGGAGCACCUCAGACUCAUCUGGGCCUGAAGAACAUGAUUAAAGAAGUAGACGAAGACUUGGAUGGGAAACUCAGUUUCAGAGAGUUUCUCCUUAUAUUCAGAAAAGCAGCAGCAGGAGAGCUGGCAGAGGACAGUGGACUUCACGUCUUGGCACGUUUGUCGGAGAUUGACGUGUCAACUGAGGGAGUGAAGGGAGCCAAAUCAUUCUUUGAGGCAAAAGUGCAUGCGAUUAACGAAUCAAACCGGUUUGAGGCAGAAAUCCGUAAUGAGCAGGAGGAGAAGAAGCGUCAGGCGGAAGAGAGGAAACAAAGACAAGCCGCUUUCAAAGAGUUGAAGUCAGCCUUCAAAUAGCCUCAUCCACCUCGACAGCCUCGAUUUAUGUGUGUGUGUGUGUGUGUGUGUGUGUGUCUGUCUGUCUGUCAUCAGAGUCCCCCGCAAUCAGAGAUACUAUGCAAGGCUGUGAAAUGCUCAGAAAACCAUGCAGAUUCGUCUUCCUGAGAGAGGGAACACCUGUGGAGUUUGUGCUCAAGAGCGGAUCUCUUGUCUUGUUUUAUCUUUUCCUCUUUCUCUCGCUCUCUCUCAGGCUGAUUUUGAAUGUGAAGCCAGACACUGAUCUCAGUACACUGGAUUGGAUUUGUUCUAUUGCAGUCACAUGAGUAUAUAUGUACUGUAGUUCAUUCACCUCAUCGUUGCGUCAGUAUCGGUUUAGCUUUAACGGCAUCUUGCGUCUUGUUCUUGUCGAUGUGUCAGUAGGUUUCAUUUUAACUCUUAAGGGGUUUUAAAGUUUUUUUUGUUUGUUUUUUUAAUCGACUUGUACUCUCAGUAUGCCAUAUCCUGUCUGUUGUAUUCAUAUCAAUAGCAUAAUUUCCUGUUUAUACAGGAAAUGCUUUACACUGUACUGUAACUAAUUACAUUUUCCUCACUGACCCUUUAAACAUGAGAGGAUUAGUGUACAUCAAAUCUCUGCUCUUGUUCAAAGAUACUUUAAGAGCAUAAAAUAGUCUAUAUUUUUACUGAGCAGAGAGAGAGAUGAAGAGGUGGCUUUGGGUGUAUGCAUGUGUGGUGAUGAUUGUAAUGGUGUUUGUUGAGUGUUUAUAUAUAGUUUUUUGCAUGGUCACUGUGGUGUCGUUGUCCAUACAUGGUUCCCUUCAGUCUGUAAGGUGUCCAGUAUUCAAUGUGGCACACACAUGCUUUACAAUUGGUCUAUAAAAUCAAAAUGGGAAAUUACUGUAAAUUGUAAAAUCAAAUGGCUUAAUGUCAAUGGAGGUGUUGUCAGGACUAGGUCAUCUGACUGUUUAACCUCUAAACCCCUGUAUUGAGUUUCCAUUUGUGCUAAACCAUUAACUGUGACAUGUUAACGGGGUUGGUCAGAUACUGGAUGGAUGAGUGAAAUCCACCACCUCAGCUUUUGUUUAAAGGGAUAGUUCACCCAUAGUUUUAUUUACUUGCCCUCAUUUUGUUCUAAAUAUGUAUAACUUUCUUCUGCUGAAGAUAUAAGAAAAAUGUUUAAACUGUUUUUGUCUAUAUAAUGAAAGUCGGUGGGGUCCAGAACUAUUUUAGCUUUCAUUGUAUGGAUAAAAAAAAAAAAUGCUUAAACAUUUUCAAAAUAUAUUAUUUUAUGUUCCACAGAAGCAAGAAUGUCAUUCGGGUUUGGAAUGACGUGAUGGUGAGAAAAUUAUUUUUGGGUGAACUAUCUCUCAAGUGUCAACUGCCUAAAUCAAUCUGGCUUGCUUAAUAUUUGUCAAAUUAUGACCAAGAUUAGAAGCCUUGCAAAACACCCCAUUCACAGUGAGAUGAGGUGAAAGGUUUUUUUUAUGAAUAGAAUUUAAGACAUUUGAUUUAUUAAAACGAUAGAUAGGCAUGGCUGUUCUGUAGACCUGGUGCAUGAAUUCUAGCAUCAAAAUGACCAAUGUUAUUUAUUAAAUAUCUAGUUUUAAAAAAUACAUUACUGAUUACUGUGACAACAUCCAAAAUAUGAGGGAACAUAUCAUUCCACAAGCGUAAUUAAUUGAACGUUUAAUGGUCAUGUGACAUGCAGUACACUGUGGCAAAAGUAACUGAGAUGCUAUGUAUAAAGACAAAUCUAUAUUUUCAUGUGACGAAAAUUAAAAAAAUAAUUUUAGUUUUGUAUGGAAAGGGGUCUUGUGAAAAGAAACAAUCUUAUUUUUCAAUUUGUAUUUUGUUGCCUACAAUCUUGUCUCCCUUCUAUUCUCUGUGUAUCAUAUUAUCCUUUAGAAUCAAAUAAAUAAAGGCAAAAUACCUUUAUUUAUUUUUUUUACAUUAGAGUCAAUAUUGUUGGCAACUGCUAUGCUUCAUGUUCCUUGUUUCUGUGUUCUGAGUCACUGGUAAAUGUUCUUGUUUGUUCACUAGUUCUGUGGAAAUUCAAACAAUAGGUGUAUAAAUAUUUGUCUCCCAAUCUUUCCAGCCAUCCACUUUCUUUUUCACUUCUUACCUACUGUUGAACUGAAAAGUAUUUUGAAUAUUGGCUUUUAAGGGGUUAUUAUAGUAGUGCAUAUGCUAUUUGUUGGUGAAUGAGGAGUUGAGUGAUGACACCAAUCAAACAACGUUUGCAUUAUUUUGGAAGCCAUGCAACAAUCUGACUUUUUAUUGAAAAAGAAAAAUUGAGAGGGUUUUGGCCCUAUGAUUAAUGUUUGCACGUCUAAAUAAUUUAAAUGGAGCUUUGGCAGUAUUAACUUCUCUGUAUUUCUGUGUAAAUCUGCACCUUCCAAGCUAGAGAACAGAAACAUUUUUUAACGUUUUACUUUGCUAGACAUUUUUUUUUUCUGUAAAAUGUAAUUCCAAGAAAAUUGGAAAUGACAGUGUACUUAAUUUCAUUUUAUGGCAUGUUUAUGUUGUUUAAUUCUUUAUUCCAGCGAUUUGACAAUGGUUGAAAGGGCCUUGAACCAUCCUGACCAUAUCUGUACCUUACUGUCACUGUCUCUUUUAUUUGAAACUGGUGGUUAUGGUAUCAUACUCUUGUAGGCUUAUACAUACUGAUAUGUGGCUUCUAUAUUAUGCAUUUAUUUUUGAUUUUCUUACUAAAAUGUAUAAUUAUUCUUGUGACAAUAAAACUACUUUUAAUUUGAAAA